AUGUCAAGGCCUGUUGAGAGAAUAGCAGAGAUCAAUGAUGGAAAAGAGCUUUGGAAGAUUGUUGUUAGGAUUCACCACCGAUGGAAAGUUGUCUCCAACAGCAAGGAACAUUUUGAAAUGAUCUUUGUUGACAAAUUGGUGAUUACCCUGUUUAUGUUUCAGGAGAUGAUAUUCAUUGCUGUUGUUCCAGCACCGCAUGUGUCGGUUUUCACCGAAAAAUGCUUAUUAGGCCAUACUUAUACUGUAUCUAAUUUUAAGGUGGUGCCUUAUGUUCUGGCCUUCAGGGCAUCGGGACACAGAUAUAUGAUAAAGUUUACUGCUGGAACGUCUGUUCUUGAUGAAGACAAACAUGAGAUACCCGCGAAAUCGAUUUUAUUUACAAGUUUUUCAGACAUCAUAACAGGGAGGUUUGACAAACAUGUUCUGAUUCAUGUCAUUGGAAUGGUGGAUAGUAUUGGUUAUGCGCAGACUGAGUCAGGUGCAAAGAAGCAGCAAAUUAGCAUGAUGUUGCGUGAUCACAGCAACAACAUGUUGAACUGUACUCUGUGGGAAUCAUACGCGGAUCAGUUCAUCAAGUUUAACAAAGUUAGGGUUGCUGCAUCACUACCUACAGUUGUGUUGCUUCAGUAUGCCAAAGUGAAGGAAGAAGGAAAGUAUCCUCUGUCUGUGACAAACACCUACAAUGUGAGCCUUUUAUGUGUUGAUGCUGAUUUUCCGAUCAUGAAAGACUUUAUUAAUAGAAUGCCUGAGGAGAGCAAGGUAACCCUGUCUGACCAACUUGGAGGGAAUUCCCAAUAUUCCUCCCAAAGUUCUGAAAAUCAACAGCUCACUCCUGUGCAAAAAAUUGUUACAUUUUGCGCUACUGUCGCUACAACAAAAUUAUUAGUAGCAUCUCCGUUUGGAUGGUAUAAGAUUGAAAUUGAGGUUACUCACGGGGGCCAAAGCUGCAAUUUUGUCUUCUGGAACAGAGAAUGUGAAAUGCUGUUGGGUUUAUCUGCAUCGCAACUUCGUAACACUAUGAUUCAGAUUAAAGAGAGUGUUGAUGAAGCUAAAACAGAUGCCAAUGAAGACUGUGAAUUGGUUACAGACCUGGAAAUUACAUCUGAACACAAGCCGGAUGUUGUUACACCUGGUGGUAAGAGACAUCUUCCUGCUGCAUCAAGUGAAUCUAUUGAUGGGGAACUGUCAUCAAACAAGCUGAAGAAGAUAAUUAAAAUGGAGAAGAUUGAUUAG